AUGCCCAAAGCCGCUGCAGCCAACACUUGGGUAGGAGCACCACCAGCAACCCAAGACAACUUCGCAUUCGCAGACGGCGUAUUCUUCGCCCAAGCGUCAGGCCAAAACCGUCAUCGACGCGCCACGGCCACCGAGCUCAAAGAACACUUCACCUCUGGCAACGACAAGGACCACCCUGCGCACUGGUUCGAGGCCCAAUUAAUUCACUAUGGGCUUCCACCGUCGAAAACAAAGUCGGUCGCGCGCAUGCGGCUUUUUGAUGCUGUUAAUGCGGGUGGGUUAAAGGUGCCUGAUGCUGUGGGCAAGAUUGAGAGCAAGCUUAAGAAGGAGUGGACUAAGAAUGAUCGUGAGGCGAAGAAGGGUGCUGUCAAAGCGGAGACUAAGGCGACGAAGAGGAAGGCGGACGAUGAUGGGACGGCUGCUGCUAAAAAGGUGAAGACUGCGACACCAAAGACAGCGACGCCCAAAGCUUCAGUGACAAAGGCUACAGCGCCCAAGACAGCUACGCCUAAAGCAAAGGCCCCAGCGAAGACACCAGCGAAAGCGACCGCCAAAACCACCACGAAAACUACGACCAAGACCACUACAACCACGACGACAAUCACGACGAAGGCCCAACCGAAAGCCCCCGCGAAAGCCCCACCAAAGGCCACGACAGCGAAAGCUACAGAACAAUCAGCGCCCAAAAAGCAGACUGCCAUCUGUCGUGGUAGAGGAGGUGCCGCCAUCAGACCCGGUCGCAGCCCAAGUGCCUCGGAACCAGCCAGACCGCCGCGGACCAAGCAAACCGCGCGACGAGGCGGCGCUAUCGCGGCCCGGGGCCGGAUUCCCGUUCCGUCUGGCGACUUUGACGAUUCUCCACCCCCAUAUUCCGAGUUUCCUGACCAUUCCGACGGUAACAGCUACUGCAGCGACGGAGACGACGACGAUGAACUCGCUCCUCUGGGUCUUCUCAACGGUGACUACUACUUUGUCUCAAGCGAUGUUACAGAACAGUGGGACUACGAUUUGGACGAUUUAGAAUUGACGCUCACGCUCGCCGGCAAUGAACUCUGGGGCCGAUUUAACCUCGGUGUGUACGAAGGCGUUCUACGCUUCGACGAGCGCCCCAUGCGAUCUUCGCACGAUAGACUUUACUUUACAUGGCGGGGUCGUGAAGAUCAGGGACCUGUCAUUUACGGCGAAAACAACGAAGGUUGGAUGGAGUUUCUUGGCAACGGUCGCAUCAACGGCUGUAUCGAGCGUCAAUCCCUCUCCUUCCGCGCUCGAAGAGUGGAAGGUCAAGGAACAAGAAGCAGCAUUGACGCGAGGGAUUUGCAGGAUGAGUACGAUGGGUACGAUGAGGACCUGUACGAUCAAGAGAAUCGGGCUCGGUGGUAA